AUGGUCGGUCUCGGCGGCGACGAUAUGGGCGGCCACAGGCUCUUCCGCUUCCCAAAGCCGCAGUGGAUCAAUAGCGCCAACACGCGGACAGCCGGCGUCUACGUAGCAGGCAGCCUGGUAUGAAGAACAACGCCAUAUCGCAUCGCAUCGAAUCCAAGAAGCUUCAGGCUGACAUGUUCGAAACAGUUCUGCCUCGCCCUAUUCGUCCUAAUUGAUGCCUCCGUCUACAGCAACUCCAACCUGAACGGCUCUGACCUGCAUCUCAACUUCGUCGACUGGAUCCCGGGUAUCUUCUCUUUCCUGGGAAUGGUGGUUAUCAAUAGCAUCGAUAAGACACGCUUAUCGGGAGACACAUUCGCGUACUCGGGCGAUGGAGUCGCAUGGAAAGCGCGGGUGGUCCUGUUCAUGGGCUUCGCGGCCAUGGCGGGCGGACUUGCGGGUGGAGUGACGGUGAUGGUACUGAAGUACAUCACGGAAGGCGCGACAGGGAUGUCGUUGUGGUUUGGGGUCGCGAACUUGCUCGCUAAUGCUUUGGUGAUGUUGAGGUGAGUUUGCAAGAACACUGUGCUGGCAUGGGUAUACUUGGAGCUAACCUUUACGCAGCUCGGUGGUGCUCUGGGUCAGUCAGAAUAUGGAGGACGACUAUACCUACAACCUGGCUCUUUAG